GACAACGUAUAUCAAGGUAAAGAAUUAAAUAAACUUUGCCCAUUUACACAUUUGAGUUCAAGGUGCAACCCUCCCUUAACACUGCACAAAACCCUUUACUAAAGGGGUCUUCUUUUACCCCACAAACUCACCAACCAGGUGACGAACAUCACCACUUUUUCUGUUGGAGGGGUUUUAGUAUUUAGGAGUUUCUCUGACUGGGACUACGAUUUUAUUGUCUCCUUUUUAUCCUUUUGAGAGGAGACAUUUCGUCACAUCCUGUCGGCGUAGACCUAUAUUUUCUUGUCUGGACUUUGCACGAGUAAGAAUUUGGUAUCAGUGCCCACCCGGUGUUGCUUCAGUAGCUAGAAUGGCUACUUUACCAGGAACAGUGCCUCGAAUGAUGCGCCCUGCGCCAGGCCAGAACUACCCCCGCACCGGAUUCCCUCUGGAAGGACAAUAUACAGGACCUGAAUAUGUUUAUUGUGGAACAGUAUCAACCCCCCUGGGCCAAGGUCGGGUGAACCAGCUCGGUGGAGUGUUCAUCAACGGGAGGCCGCUGCCAAAUCAUAUCAGACACAAGAUAGUAGAGAUGGCCCACCAUGGCAUCCGACCCUGCGUAAUCUCGCGACAGCUACGAGUUUCCCAUGGUUGUGUCUCCAAAAUCCUCUGUCGGUACCAGGAGACCGGUUCGAUUCGUCCCGGGGCAAUAGGAGGCAGCAAGCCUAGGCAGGUAUCAACUCCAGAUGUGGAGAAGCGGAUUGAGGAGUACAAGCGAGAAAACCCCGGGAUGUUCAGUUGGGAGAUCCGGGACAAGCUGCUGAAGGACGGGGUGUGCGACAGAAGCACUGUUCCUUCAGGUGAGGCUUCUGUGAGCUCCAUCAGCCGAGUUCUGAGGGCCCGAUUCGGCAAGAAAGAUGACGACGACGAUAGUGAUAAGAAGGAUGAAGACGGAGAAAAGAAAACAAAGCAUAGCAUCGAUGGCAUUCUCGGCGAUAAAGGUAAUCGUACAGACGAGGGUUCAGACGUGGAGUCGGAGCCGGACCUUCCCCUGAAGAGGAAGCAGCGUCGCAGCCGCACCACCUUCACAGCCGAGCAGCUUGAGGAGCUGGAGAAGGCCUUUGAGAGGACACACUACCCAGACAUCUACACCAGGGAAGAGCUGGCCCAGAGGACCAAGCUCACUGAGGCCCGGGUGCAGGUGUGGUUCAGCAACAGAAGGGCCAGAUGGCGCAAGCAGGCAGGAGCCAAUCAGCUGGCCGCCUUCAACCACCUGUUACCUGGAGGCUUCCCGCCCACGGGGAUGCCCAGCCUACCUACCUACCAGUUACCUGAGUCCUCAUACCCCGGCACUACACUGUCACAGGAUGGCAGCAGUACGUUGCAUCGGCCCCAACCCCUGCCUCCGUCCUCCAUGCACCAGGGCGGGCUCUCUGACGGCAGCUCCCCCUACGGCCUCUCGUCCAAUCGCCACAGCUUCUCCAGCUACUCAGACACCUUCAUGAGCCAAUCAGCUGCCAGCAACCACAUGAACCCGGUCAGCAACGGCCUCUCCCCACAGGUGAUGAGCAUCCUGAGUAACCCCAACGCCGUGCCCUCCCAGUCCCAACAUGACUUCUCCAUCUCCCCCCUCCACGGCAGCCUGGAGUCCUCCAACCCCAUCUCAGCCAGCUGCAGCCAGCGCUCUGACUCCAUCAAGGGGGUGGACAGCCUGACCUCCUCCCAGUCCUACUGUCCACCCACCUACAGCGCCACCAGCUACAGUGUGGACCCCGUCACCGCCGGAUACCAGUACAGUCAGUAUGGACAGACUGCAGUGGACUACCUGACUAAGAAUGUGAGUCUGUCCACCCAGAGGAGGAUGAAGCUGGGAGACCACUCUGCUGUCCUGGGACUGCUGCAGGUGGAGACGGGACAGGCCUACUGAAACAGCCAGCCUCUGCCUGGCUCCACCCAGUCUAAACUCAACACCCCUUUAACAUAUACAACCCUGCUGCUGCCCCCCCACCCUCCCUGCAGCCUAACCACUGCAGCACUCUCUCCCCCUCCCCACCCUGCAGGCAGUCAGGAUGUCUCUGUGUAUGUCAGAGUGUCUUUUUGCCUCUUGAUUACGAGAGGACUUGUCAUUAGAACUGCCUUUCCAUGGAUAGCCAACAGGCAGCCCGAUCCUAUACCCCAAGACCCUAAACCGUGGCUCUGCCACUCCUCUGUGUCCUCCUCCCUGAUUGGCUCGGCCCAGGCAACCCAGAGAUGAUGGCCCCAGCCAGCAUGGAGAACGCGCCCCCUGGGUGCACACUGCACUCCAGUCCAGCACAACACUCAGAGCCACUUCCAAAUGUACUUUGACCUUGUUGUUUAUAAUAGUUCACUAAGCCAAUAUUAUUCAAAUGAUUAUCACUCUUGUUUUUUUAUAUCAGGAUUGUUAAUAUUAUUAUUGCUGUUACAAUUAUGAUUCAUGUGAUUCUAUUUUUGUUUGUUAUUCCCUUCAUAGUUAUUUUCUCUCUCCGUGUGAAAUACUAGCAGAUGACUGAGGUGAUGUGGUGGGUUGCAGUGGUGUGUGUUUGUGUGUCGGUCCAGCCGGAGAGAGAAGCUGAUUGUUUUCCAGGCUGCGGCUCCUCCGCCUGGACCCUGAGCUCUAAUGUUCGUGAGCGAUUUGACCUUCCCGCUUUCACAUUCAACUUGACAUUCCUAAAGAACUUGGCCACUCAGUGGGAAGUCUAGCUGGGCGGAUUCUACUGCGAAUUAGCUGCGGUUUGGUGGCCAAUGGCUUCCCCCCUCCCAACAUCCAUCCUUAGCUGUACUCCAUGGGGAGGAGGGCAUUGUUUGUAAAAACAGGAUUGGGGAAAUUAAUGUAUUUUGUUUAGAAAUAUGGACCUUGCCAAGGAGGACUAAACCCCCUACCCAAAAGCUCUAUGUGACUUUAACAAUUGAAGGAGAUUAAACAACACCAACAUAGUGUCAAAGCUAAUUAUAAAUGGCCCUUCUCAUUACCAGCCAGGUUUGAUAUAUUUUGUUGUUUAAUUAAGACAUAAAAUCACAUGUAGCUGUUUACCAUGUUGGUUUGGACCAAGUGUGCAUUCCUUUGAAACAUUCCUCCAGCAGGGCUGACUGAUGCCAGUCACAUUCCUUCUCUGCCCAUGAUGAGAUUAAGAGAAGGCAAACUGUGCCAUUCACAUGCACUUUGUCAAAUGAAAUAAUCCUUUGAAUUGUGAAAGGGCACAGGUAACCAGCCUGGCUGGCCCCCUCUGGCUCCUGCUGGCCCCCUCUGGCUCUGGCUGGCCCCCUCUGGCUCUGGCUGGCCCCCUCUGGCUCCGGCUGGAUCCACCCCCUUCUAGUCCCCUGGACAUUCAACUCCUGCUUCGACCGACACACUCGCAGAAAUGUACAAAAACAAAACAUUUUUUAAAGAAUAGCUCAUAUUAAACAUUUGUGUAGCACUCAUAGUUGACCUUUGACACAGAACUAUGUUGGGCUGAAUUAUAACUUGAACUUUCACACCAAUCUCUCAUUUAUAUCUGUGUAUGAUUUUUGCAUUUUUUUUGUGCAAAAGUUGGAGUGAGUUACGUGUGCAUAUUCCACGUCACGAUUUAACCCUUUGUCGCCUUUACAUGGAAAUUGUACAGUAGCCGGAUGUGUAUUGUUUGUUUAUAAAGAGUAUGUUUUAUACUAAAACAACAACAAUGUUCAGUGGUAGUUAAGCAAAAGGGAUCUGCGGAAGUCAAUGCAUUUGAUUGUUUUCUUUACUGGUUUCCUUCUGUUGUUUUUGGUUGUGUUAUAUUGUAUGAAUUUCUUUAAACCAAAAUGCAGUGUUUUGAGCCAAGCUAAGUAGGGAAUUCUGUAUAUUAAAUUAGGAGAAAAUUCCAUUAAACUUCCUAAAUUGAAUAAUUGUAUAAAAGAGGUUGUUAGUUGAGAGAGAGAGAGAGAGACCAAUACAUUUUGAUAGUGACUAGAGGAAACCUAUUAUUCCACACCUACAAGUGCAGACGGGGGCAUGGGGAAGGUGUAUUCCAGCACUUGAUCUUAUGGACUCAUGAUCCGAGUUCAGACCUUACUGUGGACCAUUACAUAUCUGUCUGACCUCUGACCUCUCUCAGUGUGAAACAUUGUCCAGGGGUUCAGCAGCACAGCUUUGAUGCCAUACAGGAUGGGGACCUCUCUUGUCAGGGAAAGGAGUCAGAAUAGAACAGUGGGCCGAGCAGUGUGUUCUCUGGCUAUGUGUGUGUACAGCCAGGCUCCAGACCACACAUCUCCAUUGGAGAACACCUCACUAAAAGUAAUGAUGACUGAAGCACUGAAACCAGGCUGGUCUGAAAGCUCUGUUUAAUGAUGCCCCAUUAUUGUGUAUAUAAAAAAACUAAUAUUACUUUGUUUGUUUUUGUUUACGCUUCUAGUGUAUCAAAUCCAUUUCUAACACCUGACUCCUGACCUGUUUACUUGCUUUAUGGAAUCUGUGUUCUGCUUUAUCCCCUUUCUGUUCCACAUGUAUAUUACCAUGGUAUAAUUUAUUCUGCUGUAUGAAGUAUUAGAGUAGUGGUAUUUACUACCUUCAGCCUGUUGGUGUGUUUACUGUAACACUGCCGUAACUGUUAUCAAUUAAAGAG